UCGGUGAACGGCAUGUGUUUAGUUUACAACCGAGCAUAGGAUCUGCCGAACAAAGCUGUGAAAUAAAACACACAUUUCCACUUAUUAUCGAAUUGUAUGGGAUCUUGCUGCGCUGAUCACUGACUGUUGUUUAUAUUGUUGUACUUGUGCUGUCUGCUAGAACACUUUUCAAACUGCACGCGCCAGUGCAAGAUGCCACUGACAAUUUAGGGGCUACAUGCUGGAUUAUUAUUUUGUCACUUACCCCUGAAACAUUAGCGGCAUUUAUUACGGGAGAGUGGGAUGUUGCGACGUCCCAAACCCGCAGACAGUGAAGCGGAUCUGCUCGAGCAGCAGCAGGAGUUUUUGACAGCGGGCAGCCGCUCUGUUACUGUAGUCAAGCGUCCUGAUAAACGCAGAGGAGACGUGGAAGAGCAGGAUAACCAGAGAGAUGUCGUGACUAUAGAAGACCUUCCUGAUCAGAUUCCCACCCUGACACCUGCACCUCCAAAAAAGUCACGUUUUAAAAAGGAUCGAGUGCGCUUUGAGGAUGAGGACCCAGAUGAGCGACUGGACAGACAUGAUACUCACAUCAGUGCUGUCCUCUCCAGGAUCAUUGAGAGGGACACUAGCGCAGUACCCGUGUCCUUGCCAACAUUCACAGGCACUGCUUUUCCUAAAGUUCUACAUCGGUCUGUCGUAGAGAGUGAGGGAAUGGAAAAAGGACCAAGAGGAAGAAAAAGUAUUUUUGCACGUCAAAUUGCAGCACGGCGAGCUAACAAGGAAGAUGCACAUAGUUUAAACGGUUCAGGGACUGAAGAUCAGUCAUGUGGAGCCACAAAUUUUGCCUCCUUACCAUUGGAGAGCAUGGACACUGAGCUAUCUACAUCAAAUGUUAUUGAUGCUGUUAAUGCCCCCUUGCUAGUGUCGGGUCAAGGACUUGGAAUUGCUAACAGUGGCAUAGAGACGAUAAAAAUCCAUCAGGAGAACCAAGCAAAGCUGCAGGCAAUGUCCCAGAGUGAGAUACUGGAGGAGCAGAGGAUGCUGCUGGCCCAACUUGACCCUAGAUUAGUGGACUUUGUCAGAUCUCAAAAAGCACAGAUAACUAAAUCCUCUGAGUCGGCAUCCGGGCCUGGGCAACAGGAGGUUUCCCUGAAUAAAUCUCUGUCUAAUAGCACCGCAUCGGCGCUAGAUUACACAACACAAGCUCAGGAAACUCCACAAGCGGCCAUAGAAGAUGAUCAGAAUGAGGAGAAUGAGAACCUGCCUGUAGUUCAACAUCCAAUUACAGAGGAUGAGCUGCCUAUCAAGCCGCAGAAGGAGUGGAUACACAUGGACAAGCUAGAGCCAGAAAAACUGGAAUGGACAAGAGACCCUCCUCCCAAAAAGCAAAGCACCAAAAAGGCUAUGCAAGCCCGUUUCAACUUUGCUGGUACUCUCAUCCCUCCCACUGAAGACUUGCCCACUCAUUUAGGUCUGCAUCACCAUGGAGAGGAGCCAGAGCUGGCUGGCUACUCACUGCAGGAGCUUUUCAUUCUCUCUCGCAGUCAGCUGAACCAACAGCGCAAUCUGGCAGUCAGCACUCUGGCUAAUGUCCUGACCAAUGCUCGUGCGGGUGAGUACACGUCUUCUCUGAAGAGCAGCGUCUUGUCCUGUUUGUUGGAUGCAGGACUGCUCUUCCUUCUGCGCUUCUCAUUGGAUGACAGCGUGGAGGCUGUGAUGUCAGCAGCCGUGAAUGCCUUGCAUGCUCUGCUGGUUUCAUCUGACGAUGAAGAUUGCUUAGACAGUGCCUUUCCAUGGCUGCUUGGGACAGCCACCUUCCCUCUGCUGCCCACGUCUCAGGGAGAUGAAGAUGACGAUGAUGAAGGCAUGGACGUGUCUAUGAAACCAACCGUUAAAGAGAAGGAAGACAACAAGACCGAUCAUGAUGUUGCUAGACAGGAUGUUGUCAAGGGCUUUCUGAAGAUGCAGGGUCUUCCUCGGCUCCGUUAUAUUUUGGAGGUUGUGCGACCGUCUCCCAGAGUCGUUCUUGAUAUUCUGGAGAUUCUGAUCCGAAUCGCCCGUCACUCAACUGCAGCAGCUAUACAGAUCUUGGACUGCCCACGGCUGAUGGACACUGUGAUUUCUGAGUUUCUUCCAGGAUCAUGGGCUCCUCAUACUUCACAGACUGCCUCCUCUUUGUAUGGGUUGCCUGUUGCCUUGGCGAUGAAGCUACUUCAUGCUCUAGCAAGUGCUGGGCGGCAUGCUUGUGCUCGAAUUCUGAACUCUUUAGGAGGUAAAGAGAUUUUGGCACGUUUCGUUGUUGUUGAACCAUCAGAGAUGUUGCUGGAACCAAGUGAAGCUCUUCGCUGCAGUACAGAGGCACUAAAGAUGUUCGCAGUGGCCGCCAGCUAUGGACAGGCCUGCAGUCUAUACAAGGAUCUGUAUCCUGUGCUGGUUCAGAGGUUGCAGUCUGGGAAUCGGCCCUGUGCAUCUUCUGAGGCUGUAACUCCUCUGGAACUGGACAGAGUCAGAACUCUGCUGGUGCUACUCACUCAGGUCACUCACACGGCAGGCUGUUGUGAGGAGCUACAGAGAGGACUAGGCAGUUCUCAGGGUACAGAGUGUCCUCCACCCCCGCCCGUUUCAUGGAGUCAUGUGACCGGUCUGCAGCCCACCGUCAUUGGUUUGCUUAAGGGCUGUGUGAAAGCCCUCGACAGCCCAGGACAAAUGUCAAGUGCACUGAUUUUGAUUCCCUCCUACCUGCUGUUCAUGGAGGCAUAUUAUUCACAGCUCUGUGAGCAGAGCUCUUUCCAGCCAGUUCAGUGUCUACAGGAGCUAGAGUCACUUACCUCAGAUGUGCUGAUGCCACUGAUAUCCCAUCAUGCCAUACAAAAUAUGACAAGUAGCUUCAGGUCCAGCUCUAUGAUUUGUAACCCCGCACUAAGUGCUGUAGGUUGGGAUGUCGUUCCCAGUCUGCCUGGGCUGGGCUGUUCUAAACUUAAGACCACCAGCAAUCUGACAGGACCCAACUCUCCCUUGCCCCUCCCCACAGCUCUCCUCCACCUGCUAAACACCAUUACCUCCAUCCACAAAGGCAUAACUAGAAGGUUUAGUUCUUUCCUCCUGUCAGACUCUGUUCUGAAUUAUCUGCGCUCCUGUAUUGGAGUCACGCCCCCUGUGUCACUCACAAGUGCCUGGAUUUUACGUCAUGAGCACCACCUGCUGUAUUUGCUUCUCAGACUGGCACACAAACUGGUCCCAGUUGACCCAGAGGUGGCCAAACACGCCUCUUUAUUUCACCAAGUGUCCUUGGCUCUGUUGUCCUGGCUGCUUCCUGGCAGUGAACACCUGGCACAUGAACUCAUGUCCACCAUGAUCUUCAGCCACAGUCUCCUUCCGGAGGGUGGUAGUGGUGAACCAGAGGUGGCUGCGUUGGCUGAGUUGCAACUCCAGGAGAAGACUUUACCAGGUGCUGGUGUUCUGCUGCGCAACGCUCUUCUUCAUCUGCCCUCCAUUCGUGGUUGUUUCCUCACCCACCUUGCCCAUAUGGAACCUGCAGUCCUUGCUUCCCGUGACCGGUACCUUGGCCGAACCCCCUGGAUCAGAUCUCAUCUCCUACCUGAGCUUACUGGCCCCUCCCUGCCCUCUGAUUGGCCCUUCUUACCGCUCAUCAGCUUGUAUGAGCGAAUGGGAUUUUCGGCUGGAGGCGGACAGCAGGUUGAGUCUCUUCCAGUGGGGUCUUUGGAGUCAGUCACUCAUUGCCUUCAGUGGCUGCUGGUUCUGGAAAGCUGGCGGGAGCAAGCUCUUAGCGUGGUACCACCGGUGGCUAAGUUAGCCCGACUAGCCUGCGUCUUUUUAUGCUCCAGUGACCUCUUUCUGGAACGGCCCGUGCAAGAGCUGGUGUGGGUGCUGUUUCGUGGGCUGACGCGGCCGGACCGGCUUGAGGCGCUGGAUCUGGGCUCGCCUCCACCGGGCUUGGCGUCUUUUCAUGACCUCUAUUCGGCUCUGCUGGCUCAAUAUGAGGCCGUGUCUUUUGGAGACCCUUUGUUUGGCUGCUUUAUGCUGCUUCCGCUGCAGAGGCGCUACAGUGUCUCCAUGAGGCUGGCCGCGUUUGGCGAACAUGUCGGGAUGCUGCGAUCUUUGGGCGUCUCGAUGCAGAAGUUGCCUAUUCCACUGGAGAAGUUCACGUCCCCCAUGGAGGACUCGCUGCCUCUGUUGCGGCUGUAUUUUCGGGCGUUAGUAACUGGAGCUCUGAAGAGGAACUGGUGUCCUGUGCUUUAUGUGGUGGCUGUUGCUCAUCUCAAUGCAUUUAUCUUCUCUCAGGAUGCAGUGGCAGAGGAAGUUGAGGUUACACGCCGGAGCCUGCUAAGAAAAACACACUACCUGACAGAUGAGGUGUUGAAGAACCACCUGCUUUUUUUCCGGCUGCCCCAGCAGGAUGCAGAGCUGGGCUUUAGCACCUAUGAACAGCUUCCCCCCAUUCGUGCCCACAGGUUGGGAAACAUUAUGGGAACAGAAGAGAAAACAGGAAAGAGGUGAAGGAGGAAAAAAAAACAUUUGGUCCCAGUCAUACAUAGGUCCAUCCCUGGUUGAUUUGUGAUGCACAGUCUCUGUGACU